UUGAUCAUCAUUAUUCAACAAUCAUCAUCCAUUAUCCAGUUCCAGUAUCUAACUUUGUUGAUCAAUAUUCAUUCUUCCACAUUCAUUAUUCUUUGUAAGUGUUCACUUUUGACUUAACGUUAAGUUAAGUUGAAACUUCAAAUCAUUUGAUCCAUCCUUACGUCGGUUUAUUCGCUCAUAAUAUUAUUAUCUUAGUAGAUUUACUCGAGUUCAGUACAAGUAAUAGAUAUCAUUUGUAAUUCUAUUUUUUUUUAAUUGUGUGUGCGACUUCAACAUGACCACGUUAUUGGAACUUUGCCGUAAAUAUUUCGGUACUGACAAUCUAUAUGAAGUGUUGAAUACGAGCAAGGACGCUACAGACAAAGAAGUUCGCAAAGCGUAUUAUGUGCUGUCGAUGAAAUACCAUCCUGAUAAAGUAACUGAGAAGGAAAAAUCUGAAGCUACUGAAAAAUUUAAAGUCAUCAGUCGAAUACAUGCUUUAUUAAAUGAUGCUGAUAAAAGAAAACUUUACGAUGACACAGGAUGUGUUGGUGAUGAUAUUGACCCCAACUCAGCUACAGAAGAUUUCCCCUGGGAAACCUAUUGGAGUUCAAUAUUCAGAAAAAUUACUGAUAAUGAAAUCAGAGAUUAUGAAUUAAAGUAUAAAGGUUCUGAUGAUGAAAAGAGAGAUCUUAAAAAAGGAUAUUUAGCAGGGAAAGGAGAUAUGGAAUUUAUCAUAAACAUGGUUCCAUUUAGUUCUGUGUAUGAAGAAGAUCGUCUUCGAGAGAUUUUAGUAAAAAUAAUUGAAGAAGAAGAUUUACCAAAGUUUAAAGCAUUUAGCGAUGAACCUCCUUCAAAAAAAAGAAAAAGAUUAGCAAAAGCUAAAAGAGAAGAAGCUCAGUGCGAAAUAGAUAUGAAAAAUGAGGAAAAAAAUAAUUCUAAUGAUUUGAUGGUUGCAAUUAAAAAGCGAUCAGCUGAACGCGAAGAACAAAUGAACAAUUUCUUUGCUAGAAUGGAAGCUAAAUAUUGUAAACCCAAAAAAACUAAAAAAAAUGUCAAAAAAACGUAAUAUUGUAAAUUAUCUUAUAGUUUAUUUUCUAUGUAAUCUUGUAUAUAUAUUUGCCAACAAAAUAUCUUAUGAUAUUCUAUAUUGACUAUAAUAUUAGACCUGUGAAGGAAUUGUAAAAAUUCAAAACACAAUUUUUAAAUAAUAUUAUUAUUGUAAAUACUAAUAUAAACAAACUUUGAAUGUUUCAA